CCCACCGGUGCAAUGGCAGGAGAGGGCGGGGCUGCGCACGCGCACCACGCCUCAGCGGGUUGUGAGGGGAGAGGGGCAGAGGACCUGCCGCCCCGCCGGGCGCGAUGGCGGCGUCCGCCCAGGCCCCGGCGGCGGCGCUGAGCGCGGAGCAGGCUAAGGCCGUGCUGGCCGAGGUGAUCAAGGCCUUCGGGGCACCCGAGAACGCGCAGCGCAUGGAGGAGGCGCGGGACAACGCCUGCAACGACAUGGGCAAGAUGCUGCAGUUCCUCCUGCCCGUGGCCACCCAGAUCCAGCAGGACGUGAUCAAGGCCUACGGCUUCAGCAACGACGGGGAAGGGGUCCUGAAGUUCGCCCGGUUGAUCAAGUCCUACGAGUCGCAGGACCCAGAGAUCGCCAGCAUGUCGGGCAAGCUGAAGGCCAUGUUCCUGCCGCCUAUGACGCUGCCGCCGCACGGAGCCGGGACCGCCGGGGUGGCGACCUCCUGAGCCCCGUGGGCCUCCCCUUGCCCCGGUGGCGGGGGGUGUGUGUGUCCCGUCCACCCCCCCGGGAGCUCCCCCAGGGAGGGGAGCGCCUGGAGAAGGGGGGAGGCUGCCCUGAAGGGCACGGACCGCUUUGUGCGUGCUUGUGCGUGUCUGCUCCUGAAUAAAAAACAUGGUUUGAAAA